UUUGUGGGAAGCAAGAUGAGGAUAUUAUAUCCAGAAAUCGUUAAAUAUUUUAUCAUUUUCUUCUUCCAGCUCUGGAUUAAUCGAAUUACAGCUGCCUCCCAAGAACAUGGCCUACAGUACUCAGCACUCAUUGCCAAUUUAGUUAAGUGCCAGGUGGAGCUCAACAGAAAAGUACUCGCGGACCUGGCCAUCUAUGAGCCAAAGACUUUUAAAUCUUUGGCUGCUUUGGCCAAAAGGAGGCGGCAGGAAGGAUUUGCCGCAGCCUUAGGGGAUGGGAAGGAACCUGAAGGCAUCUUUUCCAGGGUGGUGCAGUACCACUGAAGGCUGCAGCCCUGGACCCCAAGUGGCUUUCCCCUUGUGACUAUAACUAAGCCAAUGAUAAGUUGGUGUAUAUCAAAUUUAUGUUUAUUUACCUGAGAGUAAGGCUGUCUUCCCAGUGGGAUGCUUUAAAUAAAUUUGUGUAAAUAAACCUUUUUCAGCAUUCAA